GCUCGGCACAGCCACAGCCAGCUUGAGUCACAGCUACUAAUGUCGAUCACGAUGGCUACUUGCGCUUCAACUAUCACCGUGUCAGUCCCCCUAGCCAGCACUAACCUCGUAUUCCAGCUGGCAAGAGUGUCCGCAGUUGCGGUGUCCCAAACUUGUGCAUCGAUAUCUGGUACUAUUACUCCGUCUUGGUGCCACUCAUCGCUUUACGCCAACAGCAUAUAUAUACCCACACUCCUUCUCCCAUCAUACCAAACAAACAACAACAAUGCACACGACAAGAAAUAAACAAGAAACCAAAACACCAGCAUAGCUCACGAAAAGCAGCACAACCCAUCAAACCCACCCAAAUCCCCACACAAAACAAAACAAACCCAUCAAAUCACAGCAACACCACACAUCCCAAAAAACACCACCAAUCCACCUCAAAACCCAUAACAAAAACAUGCCCCCCCAAAACCCCCCCCAACAAUCCCCACCCCAGCGCCAAAUCCGCGCCCACACACCCUCCAACACAACCAUAACCCUCUACCAAGCCUACCCCUCCACCAUCGCCACCCCCGCCGUCCAAGCCCAGCGCCUCUCCGCCUCGCCCUCCUUCUCCCUCUCGCGCAUGACAUGGAUCAAGCCGUCCUGGGCCUGGAUGCUGUACCGCGCCGGCUACUCGUACAAGGACCCGGGCCAGGAGCGCAUUCUCGCGCUGACGAUGCAGCGGGAGUAUCUGUGGGGGAUGCUGCGGACGGCGCGGCUGAGCACGCAUAGUGCUGCUGGGGCUGUGGAUAAGGGUGAGGCUGGAAGCGAGGUUGAAGGUGGCAAAAAGGGGGGAGUGGUGGUGGUGCAGUGGGAUCCGGAGCGGGAUGUGUGGCUGCGGAGGCUGGGGUGGAGGAGUGUGCAGAUAGGGGUGCCGAGGGGGAUGAGUGGGACGUGGGCGGAAGAAGGGAUUCUGGAGAUUGAGGAUGUUACGGAUAGGGCUAGGGAGUUGAAGAGGGUUAUCGAUGAAGGAAAUGUGACGAUUGAGGCGUUGGUUGAGAAGGGCUUGGUGCCGAAGGAGGAAGUGAUUGAUGUCCCAGAGGAUAUCAGGAAGAUCCUGGCUAUGGAUUAGAGAACAGGGGCAAUUGAACAAUUUUUAGAUCAUGUAGAUGAUUUGAUCUAUCCUGAUUGCUUUAUAGUGUCAACAGGACCCG